CAGCAUGUCUGGAGUGCAUUGGCUGUGGUCUCUGUGCGGCAGGUCUCGACGAGGCGCUAUAGUUGAAUAGCGCCCUCAUCUGCGGCCCUGCCUCCAGCAAUGUGAUCCUUGGGCUUCGUUGCGGCCUGAUGAUGGACAAGUUAUUGUAUUGCGUAUACCUGCAUACCUCUCGUAUCUCGUCGUUGGCGAGCUUCUAUUCAAGGAACAUUGUAUGUCAUGCUCUGGCGGCGGAGGCCGUUAAUGAAGAUUACCCACGAUUCUUGCGCUCUGCUACUUUGUUCAUGGCUUAAUUCCUUUCGGGUGUAUCAGUUCAUGGUAGAACCGCCCAUAUGCUAGUGCUGUAUAUAUAUGCAUGCAACGCUAUGGUGCACUAUUCUCAACAUUCUGCCCAUACCCAAACAGACAGCAAUGGCAUCUCCCUCCGACUCAGCCCGCAAAUGGUGUGGUCUACCAAAACAUCGUCUUCCGCUUGUCUGCUUUAAGCUGUUGUGUAUGAUCGCUAUAUCGAAGCCGUCGGUCGACCACUGGGAAGACCUGCGCAUACUAUCGAAGCCGCCGGUCGACCAAUGUGAAGACCUGCGCGAACCCAGUGCGACCAAUUCGACAGCUGAGAAAUUCGAGAAGCACAAGAAAAUGCUGAUAAAUCGGUUUGAAAACAUGAACAUCACAGCGGGUCUGGUCUUAACGUCAAGCGCUGUUUUCAUAUCUACUAAUCCUCCAAUUCCGCCUCUUAUGCCCUACACAAGUCAUGGGUCGUAUACCCUUCUGGUUUCAUCUUUUGUAGCAGCGUUGCUCAGUUUGAUGUCUGGGACUUCUGUCCUCAUCAUCUAUGACACUUGCUAUGCAAACUAUGACUUAUUGCAGUCAUUCACGACAUCUCGCUGGCGCCUCAUAUCCUGCCUUAUACUGAUGGCGUUUCCUACACUGGCUCUGGUAGUCUCGACAAUGACUUUAAUAGCAGCUGUAUUUAUUGCAGGCUUGACAUCCGACAAACUCUUCAUGAAAAUCCUGACUGGGGGAAUAUGUGGCUUAUUGGGUUUCCUCAGUGUGCUCGCAAUAUUCGUAUUCAACGCUCCUAUAGCAAAGGUUAUAAGUCCUGUUAACAAAGAUGGUGUUGCCCCAGCUGUGAUGGAGUCUGGAGGAGUUGGAGGACGGACUGAGAACGGCGUGAAACAUUGAGAGCGCAACGAGACAACGCGCUGACAUCGGCUGACGAAGUUCGAGGUUUAUUGCAGUUCAUUUCUAUGCUAGCAAAAUUUUCCUUACCUAUGCUAACCGUACCAUAAAGAACAAGUCUUUUCA